UAGACUGCAUCUGCAGGCUCACUCUAUUCGCAAUUGUGCUUAAGGUUAAGUAAUGAUUUAGACGUAAGGUUUAAUGUUAUUAAAGUGCUCAAAAUUUAUUUGGUGGAAAGAUACUUUUUUAGGUACCUUCUUUAUACUCUUAAUAUAAUGAUUUUUUAAAUAAUAAGAAAGUACAGCUCUUCUACAUUGUAACCAUUUGCGGUAUUCUCGUAAUAAAAGCUACACCACUAAAAUAGUUAAUUGUGUUUAACUCCAGUAUCUAAUUGCAAUCUUGUAAAGAUGACACCUUCGCGGCCAUUUACCUGUUGCUCAUAUUUACAUGCGAUGCAAAUUGCUGGCAAAUUUAGAUGUGAUUCGGCCUGAGUUAGCUCAUUUUUUACCAUUUUGUUCUUUUUGUUUAAUCUUCGGUCUCUGUAACUCUUUUUCGCUCGAAACCAAACUGGAACAAUUCCGCAUUUUGUGCAACAAUCUUAAGCAAAACCGAGAUGUAGUCAGCACGAUUGCGAUCGAAUCAAUUCUGAGAUAAUGAGAUCAUUUUUGCAUCAUUCCUUUCCGUGAAAUCAAAGCAAUGAGAGCGGCUUCUGUGCGACAAUAGCGUCAUAAAAAUACGCUCUUUGUGCGGGGCUUUUGAAAGACGGUGACCGCAGUCUAAUAACCGACCUUGCUGUAUUUACUACUUCAUUAAAAGUUGGUCGGAGGUACAAAAAUUCACUACGUCCGUUCUUUGCUGUUCGUGUUUUACACUUGGACGAAGGUGGACGAGGACGUGGUCGAAGAUUAAUCGAGCGCGAAGUAGAUUCUGGUGGUACCACAUAAAACAAAAAACAUCGAACCGGUCAAAAAGAACGUCGGAGGAAAAACGACCUUAUAGUAUCGGUAGUAGAGUCGCUCUGUUCUGGAUGAUUAAAAAAACUAAUUACGUAUACCUGAAAGUCUCUACCUGCGAGAUUCUUAUGAAUGAAGGCAAGUUUACUAUUCCUCGGGCUGUCGCACAAUGGCUUUCGGUGUGUGUGUACAAUGGGAUGUGUGAAUUGAGUGUUGAGUGACUUUUGACGCCUAGUUUUUUUCCCUUUUUCUGACGGAAUAAAAUGGAAUUUUCGGUUUUCGUUCGCGAAUUAUUAAAAGCCUCCCAAACGAUGAAACACCAGCAAGUCCCCAAACGCGUCUUUUGGCAACCAUGGCUAGACGAAGAGGAAUCGUCGAAGCAGUCGAGCAACAAGCAACUUCCGACCACCAAAUGGAAAAGGGAUCGACGGUCGAGGCUUCCUGAGUACUCUCGGAAGUCCGAUCCGAAAAUCGCCGAGACGUUCGGAACGGAACCGCCAAGUCCGGCACCGGAAACGCCGAAUCAACAGGCCGCGAACGGUCAGGAUAAUGCACCUCUCGAUAUGAGUGUUAGACAAAGAGGGUUGCCGCCUUCCUACUCGCAAACUAUUAAUAAUCCGGGAUAUAGAUCUAACUACAGGCCGAGUGUUAUACAGAACAAUAGAGAAGAUCUUCCUCCUGGAAUAUCGAUGUGCGAUCCAAUCAUUGAUGAGCAUUUCCGUCGUUCUCUGGGCAACGACUAUCUCUCUCUCUUUUCAAACAACAAUGUUUCCAAGGAAAGUAUUCCUGUAAAACCUCCCCCAAAAGUUCCCACCACAACGAACGUGAUUGAAUUAAUGGACACUGCAGGUUUAUCUGUGGACGAUCACUUCGCCAAAGCUUUAGGUGACACAUGGGUGAAACUAAACAAAAAAGAACAAGAAUUGAAAAACAAUACCGGUGACAAUCACAGUAUAGUAACGAUUUAAUAAAGAUGAACUGAUAGUUGCUUGUAUGUGUGUUUAACGUUUAAAUGUAUGAUGUUAAAUGUAAGUUUAUCGAAAUAACGUACAAAUGUAUCUUAGGCUUAGAUAGGUUUUACCGAAGGUCGCGAGAUGGCAUUACGCAUAUUGAGGUUUGUUUCGGUUUUCAUUCAGGGAUCGAAUGACUUGUUUUCUUAUUUUAAUGUGUAGUUUUUUAUUGAGAGCACAACCUGACAAAGGCUGCCUUCCAAUUAACCAGUUAAUGAUUCCUUAUGUUCCACUGUUGUAAAUAUUGGACUGUCUUGUAUAUAGGUUUCUGUAAAUACAAAAAUGUUAUUGAUUAGUUUAGCACUACAUAUUUAUAAUUAAUUUAGUCCACUCUUGUUGCUUAGUUCUAAACUCCAUGAUGUUACUUUGGUAUACGUAAUUAAAAUGACAAAUCUA